CAAGUAGGAGGAAGAUUGGAAGUGAUUAGGGAAUGGAGUUGGAGUUUUCGAUUUUUAUUUUAAGUGCCUUACAUGGGAAAUAAGCCACGUUUAGUUUUAAUCGUAAAUAUUUAUUAUACAUUAUUUUCCUAAGAAUUAAAUAUAACAAUCAAAUAUCGAGAAGAAACUUACCAACUUUUAUUCUAAGUUUACAUAACCAUUGAAAGUUAAAUCCACAAUGUAUUUUUGUACUAAAAUUGUCUUUAAAACGGUCGGAAGACGAUAUUUGUCAACGAAAAAGUUUCGAAGUGUUACGCAUUGCAUUUUUGAUAUGGAUGGUCUACUUUUAGAUACAGAACUUGUCUACAAGAAAAUGGUCACUCAGCUGUGUGCAGCAUAUGGACAUGAAUACACGGAUGAACUUAUGAUGAAGGUUUUAGGAGGAACUGAGCAGCGUUUGUCUGAGAUCCUAUGCAAGGAAUUAAAUCUUCCAGUAUCUGCAAAACAAUUUAGAAAUCAAUUGCUGGAACUAGGCGAUACAAUGCUUGCUGGCACUCCUCUGUUGGAUGGGGCAGAAAAAUUAAUAAGGCACCUGCACAAAAGUAAAGUUCCAUUUGCAUUAGCAACUUCCUCUAGUGAAAGAUCUGUGGUUACUAAGGUAGCUGCACAUAAAGAGUUGUUCAAGCUAUUUAACCAUAUGGUCAUGGGAAGUAGUGACCCAGAAGUAAAAUUUGGAAAGCCAAAUCCAGACAUAUUUCUAGUUGCUGCUGCGCGAUUUCCUGACAAACCACACCCAUCCCAGUGCUUGGUCUUCGAGGACUCUCCACACGGCGUCACAGCGGGAAUUUCAGCUGGCAUGCAAGUGGUUAUGGUGCCCGACCCCCAUUUAGAUAGAAAACUGACUGAACAUGCCACCAUAGUUCUUCCUACUUUGUCUAAAUUUCAACCAGAGCUAUUUGGUUUACCAGCUAUGCAGUAAAGAAUGAGAUGCCUACAUCAGUGUCAGUCUUUUGCAAAAAGUUCAGGGUUCUGUUUUGUAAAGCUAGAACUUAGUUUAGACUUGUAAAAUGGAAACAGCUAACAAAACGGGUUCCAGGAAUUGAAUUAAAAAAAAGGUCUUCCAAAUAUUUAUAGCCAGACUUUUGUAGUGCACUGGUAUUAUUACAUAGUGGUUCGUUUCAAAAACUCCUGCAACAUGAAGUGCACACGGAAGCCUGUUUCUAUUAAAGAGUAUCUGAUGGCUCCAUGUGGGUACGAGUAUAUUCGAAAUAUUACCCCAGUUGUAUUCGAAGGAGGAGCAGUGCGAAAUUUGUAUUCAACUUUGAACUAUUAAAAUUUUCUUAGAUGUCGGAAUCAAUAUAUGUACUAAUAAUUGUAUCCUCUACUUUCUAUGGAAUUUGUAUAGGUACAGUCAACUGUAAAAAUAUAGGUGCACAAAUCAUCUCAAAAAUAUGCCCGCGCAUGUCAGCGAAUAAGGAACAAAUUAUUUUUACAGUUGACUGUACAAUAUUCAGCAAUCGAGGUGACAAUGACAAACAAUGUUUAAGCUAUUGUCGUCUACCUCAAGACGGGCCUUACGAGCAUCAAAAAUGUUACUACUAUCAGCGGUUUCACUCACGAAUUAGAGCAAAUCGUGCAGUCUAACGCAACUAGUUGCGACCAAUCGCGCGCGUAAUGCGAACUCAUCAACCAAUCGCGUUGUAGCGGUGUAACACCACUGUACUGGCUCCAUUCGUGCCCUUCUUAUUGCCCGUAAGGCCAGUCCUGAAAUAUAAAUACGUCAAUGGUUUAAGCAAUCUUGGCCGAAAUUCACCUUCCCAUACAAACGGAGUUUCGUUCUCAUUUUAAAACUACAUGUUUCAUUGUAAUGAAACUUUACACAUACAAUAACAUGAGGUAUAACUUUACUAUGCCUGUAAUU